AUGCUAUUGUAUUAUUUUGCUAGUGCUGUUAAAUCAAUACAAUUUCAUGUGGACGAUGAUAUUAUCGAUAAACUAAACUACUACUAUACCACUUCAAUCAUUACUGUGUUCGCUAUUCUUGUAUCUGCGAAGCAGUAUGUUGGUUUCCCGAUACAGUGCUGGGUACCUGCAACGUUUACAGAACCAAUGGAACAGUAUACAGAAAAUUAUUGUUGGGUACAAAAUACAUAUUUUCUACCCUUGCACGAUUAUAUUCCUCAUAAUUAUGCUGAACGAGAAAAUAGGCAAAUUGGAUAUUACCAAUGGGUACCAUUUGUACUUGCUUUGGAAGCACUCCUUUUCUAUGUACCUACAAUCGUUUGGAGGCUACUUAAUUGGCAAUCAGGCAUCCAUGUGCAAUCAUUGGUGCAAAUGGCAUGCGAUUCACGAUUGUUGGAUUUGGAUUCCAGAAAUAAAGCCUUGCAAACGAUUGCUACAAACGUUGAGGAGGCACUUCAUGUGAAACAUCAAGUGAUGGGUGGAAAUCGAUUGAAAUUAUUAAAUUUGAUUAUUUGUACCCGUAGUAGUGGCGCCGCUGUAACAUUUUUGUACAUUUCGGUGAAAAUCCUUUACACGGUAAAUAUCGUCGGACAAAUUUUCUUGCUCAAUACAUUUUUGGGCAAUCGUAGUAAAUGGUAUGGAUUACAGGUGUUGAAUGAUUUGAUGAAUGGACGAGAAUGGGAAGAAUCUGGUCAUUUUCCACGUGUGACAUUGUGCGAUUUUGAAGUGAAAGUACUUGGCAAUGUUCAUCGACAUACCGUACAAUGCGUUCUCAUGAUCAAUAUGUUCAACGAGAAAAUAUUCCUCUUUCUAUGGUUUUGGUAUUUCUUGCUAGCUGGUGCUACAGUUUGUUCUCUUUUGUAUUGGAUAUAUAUUUCCAUUGUCCCUAGCAGGCAAUUGAAUUUUGUUGGAAAGUAUCUGACAGGCAUUGAAGGUUACAAAAUGGUAGACAGUCAAUCACUACGACGUUUCGUAUUUCAUUUCCUUAGACAAGAUGGUGUUUUCUUAUUACGUAUGGUUGCAACACAUGCAGGGGAGUUACCGUGUUAUGAACUUGCUAAAACUCUUUGGAAUAAAUACUGUGAUAAUAAGGAAGGGAAAAUGCAUGAUGUGUAG